CAACUUGAAUUGGCGCAACAAUAAGAUUCAAAAAGAUCGGAUCCUCAAAUGAUUGGAACCUGUCCCACUUGACCGAUGGUCCGAUUGCCAGUGUUAAUGGCGGAAGGGCUUAGAGCCCAUGCUACAGAGGACAGAGAGCGAGAAAGAGGCCCAUCUUUGAUUCCAAGUUCAUAUUCACUUCCUUCUUCAGCUCGGAAUCGGAUUCAUUGCCUACAAACGGUUAAACCUCUGAAGCACAGAAUAAUCUGUGUUGUUAAUUAUCUAUCAAUCAAGACCAAAUUCUACCUAUCAAUCAAGAACCAAAUUCCUUCUCUUUUUUCUUUUAUCGGAUAAUAUAUGGCUAAUUUUGCUCAUAAAUCUCCGUCAAACUGUUUUCUCAUUAUUUUUACACUUUCGUUGUUGUUAAUUUCUCCUCCUGUUCUCUCCAAGUCUCGCCGCCCAAUAUCUGACGCAGAGAUUAGGGAAAAGAAAAACGAGUGUUAUGCUGAUAUAGAGAGUGGACUUUGGGGUCAGCAAUGCAAAUCCUCAAUGACGGCAAAGGAGAAUUGUGCUUUGAGAUGCCUUUCACCGGCUUGUUACGAGCUUAUUUACGAGAGUGAUCCGCUUGAAGAAGGGGAGAAAGAUCAUGUUAGAAGCCAAGAAUAUAAGUACUGUAUGUAUAAGGCAUCACUUGGAGAGUCCCUUGAGGGUAUUAAGGGAGCCUUUGAGUACUGAAUUAUUAAGUUAUAACCAUAAAGAAUUUUAGCUAUAAUUAUGACUCGCUUCUUUGUAAAAUUAGCAAAAGUUGAUUGUAAUCUUUCUUUAAUGCAGAAGUGAAGAUUUUUUUUUUUUUAUUUUUUUAUUUUUUGGGGUUUUGGAUUAAUUUGGCCCUGGCCAGGGUUUGAACUCAUAGCUUGGGAUUGAAGUUAGUUGCAGAGGAAAUGUACUCUGCUUAGAUUAUUAGUAACUGGUAAUUGAUUUGCUUAGUAAGUGGUAACCAUAGUUUAUUAUUGCAAUUAGUUGUAAUGCGUUGCAGCUUGUUGGCCCAUGCUUGUAAUGGACUGACAAUAUGGGCCCAGCUAAUUAAGUAAUGGGAAACCAAUUUAAACCUUUA